AUGGCUUAUCCACAGAAUAAACAAGCAGUAAAUCCCCCAUGGUCUACUGCUGCUGCUCCUCCUCCUCCUCAACAACAACAACAACCUUCGCAACAAGCCCAACAACAGCAGCAAUGGCAGCAGUAUUCUCCCUACCCUGCCGCGCCUGGUUCUAAUGCUCCAGCUGAUCAGCAAUACGCUGCGUACUAUCAAUACCAAACACCAGAACAACAAGCUUAUUAUCAGCAGUAUUAUCAACAUUAUAAUACUGCAGCUGCUCCUGGAACAGAGGGUGCAGCUCAAGCAAAUGCAGCUUAUGCUAACUAUGACUAUUCUCAGUAUCCAGGUUACUAUGGCCAGCAAGCCUAUCACCAAGCUACAGCGACAUCGCCAGCACACGCUGCUCCUCCAGGAUCCGCCGCUGCUCAACAUCAAUAUCAACAGCACCCAUAUUAUGCGCAACAGCAUCAACAACAAAGACCUCCUCCACCUCCCCCACCGUCGCAACAACAGCAUCAACGCCCUCCUCCUCCACCUCCUUCUUCUGCUGCUACCCAAGCCGAGCCAAGUAAGUUUACAUAUCAAGCAGCUCCUGUUCCCAAUAGGCCCGCAUCAAAAAUUCCACCAUGGUCCAAGCAGCCACCACAACAGCCUCCUCCACGUCCUCCUGUCCACCAUCAACAACAACAGCAACAAGCACCUCCACCUCCACCUCCAGCUGCCGUCGCAACAGAUACGAGAACCACCGAGGAAAAGGCCAACGAAAAGAACGCCAUGGCUGUUGAAACCUGGCCAGCAUCUCUCAAACAAUAUGUUCAAGAUGUUUUUGCAAACUGUUUAUCCAACAAAAGAGAUCAAGCGGAACUGCAGCUUCGUAAUCUUAUCUUGGAGGCGCAUAAAGCAGGCACUCUGCUAACAACAGAUUGGAGUGAGAUGGAUCUUCCUAGUGCUUGCACUCAGAAUCCACAAAAAAAGAAAAAGAAAGGUAAAAAGAUUGUUUCUCAACCCAAGCCUAACAAAGAGCAGCAAAAAUUCUCAGCAGAAGAGGAAGCAAAGAGGCUGCGACGUUUGCGACGAUUUGAAGAAGAUGCAGCACAAUUCAGAUCAGAAAAUGUCUCGACACCCAUGCAAAAUAUGCACAUUGACGGCGACGUGUUUAAUCAUACGGUGGUGGGCACAUCUCAAAAACUGGAGAAGCAGUAUCUUCGACUCACCUCGGCCCCAGAUCCAGCUACCGUGAGACCUUUAGAAGUGCUGAAAAAAACGCUCGAGUUAUUAAAGGAUAAGUGGAAAAAUGAACAAAAUUAUACUUACAUUUGUGAUCAAUUCAAAUCCAUGCGACAAGAUUUAACGGUUCAAAGAAUUCAAAAUGAAUUUACUGUACAAGUAUACGAAAUCCAUGCCAGAAUUGCAUUAGAAAAGAGUGAUUUAGGGGAGUAUAAUCAAUGUCAGACGCAGCUAAAAGGACUUUACACUAAAGGCAUAAAGGGCAAUGUCAUGGAGUUCACGGCAUAUCGCAUCCUCUACUUUCUACACACACAAAAUUGGGCAGAUGUCAAUUCCACCAUGGCUGAUUUGACAUCUGAGCAAAAACACAAUCCAUUCGUCCAGCAUGCCCUGAAUGUACGUUCUUCGCUUGCCACUGCUAACUACCAUCGAUUCUUUAAUUUAUAUAAAAAUGCACCAAACAUGGGAGGAUAUCUGAUGGAUCAUUUCUGCGAAAGAGAACGUGUGCAUUCCUUGAUUAUAUUGUGUAAAUCCUGUCGACCCGAUAUCCCAUUAGCGUUUAUUCAAAAAGAGCUGGCGUUUGAUUCCCGAGAGCAACUGCUAAAGUUUCUGAAUGAGCAAAAGGCUAAUAUCCUAAAGGCAAAUAACAGCGAGGCACUGGACGCAAGAGCCGCGCAUGCUGGUUUGAUGGAAAGCUCGAAAAAGUAUAAAAAGAUUGACAUUAAGGGGCAGCUCUAA